AUGGACGCUGCGGAAGUGGAGUUUCUGGCCGAGAAGGAGCUGGUGACCAUCAUCCCCAACUUCAGCCUGGACAAGAUCUAUCUCAUCGGGGGGGACCUGGGCCCGUUCAGCCCCGGCCUGCCGGUGGCCGUGCCCCUGUGGCUGGCGGUGAACCUGAAGCAGAGGCAGAAGUGCCGGCUGCUGCCCGCCGAGUGGAUGGACGUAGAAAAGUUGGAGAAGAUGAGGGAUCAUGAGCGAAAAGAGGAAACUUUUACCCCUGUGCCUAGCCCUUACUACAUGGAACUCACCAAACUCCUGCUCAAUCAUGCUUCAGAGGAUAUCCCCAAAGCAGAUGCGAUCCGCACCCUGAUCAAGGAUCUGUGGGACACGCGCAUAGCCAAGCUCCGGGUGUCUGCUGAUAGCUUUGUACGGCAGCAGGAGGCACAUGCCAAGCUGGAUAACUUGACUUUGAUGGAGAUCAAUACCAGCGGGGCCUUUCUCACUCAAGCACUCCAUCAUAUGCACAAGCUCCGUACAAACCUCCUGCCUUCUGAGAGUGCCCCAUCUCAGGACUUUUAG